UUAGAAACCGCGCAACAGUCAAGGUAGCCGUUACAAGUAUUUGUUAAGGGAGGUUUGGGUCGGCCACCUGUCAAUGUGUGAGCUAGUACUCACUUGCUAGCACCUUUUUCAGUACCUUUUAAGCAGUUCAUCUCCCCCCAGUUAUUCUCGUACUAUCGACUAUUACUACCCUAUCCAGUAUGAGUCGGUCGGUGUUGGAAAUGAAUCUCGCUCGCUUGUUAUACUGUACUGAAUGCCUUGCAUCACAGAAUGAUUUGGGAACCAAUUACAACGCUUAUGUGAAAACUCUAGAAACAUUUCUUAACAAGUUGAUUUCUUCCAGUUAUCGGCCGUCUGCAGAAUCUAUGCGUAAAUAUGAAAUACGAGUAAAAAGGUUAAAACAGAACUGUGGUCCUAUACAUAAUUUGUAUGCAGUAUCUAAUCACCUGUCACAUGAUAAAUUAUCCCCUGGAUUGACUGAAGCCCCAUCAGCUGAUGAUAAUAAUCAUGAUCGCAUAGUUUAUGAGACUGUACCACAGAAUGAAGAUGGGAUACAUGUUGAAAAUGAUAAUUCACCAGUUAUUCAUCGUGUAUACGCUGAUAGAUGCGACUUGAUUGCAAAAGAACGUCAACGUAUGAAUCGAGAUUUACGAGAACAAUUACUAGGAGGUGGUAGUAAGUUAACAGAUAAGAAAUCUCUCUCUGGUCGAAAUCAAAGUUCAACUACUUCAGCUGGACUUCUUCGUGAACAAGAGAUUAGGCGUGAACAGUUAGCUUCAGAGAUGUUAUUAUUGACUGGUGAUUUGAAAAGUCAAUCUUCAGCAAUGGGUCAACGUAUACGAUUAGAUUGUGAAACUGUUGAUAUGAGUAUUGGACAAGUUGAACGGAAUACAACUAAUCUUUCUAGUGUAUUAGAUGAGUUGUCUGUUGAACUCGGUUCAAAAUGUGGUCGAAUUGUUUGGUUCUUAUUUUUUAUUUCAUUAGGUCUAUUUUUAUAUAUGAUAUUGUUUAUGAAAAUGUUUCAUAAACGAAUUCAUUCGAAUUCACCUAGUCUGUCAAGAACAGAGCUGUGAUUAUGUAGACUUGAAGAGAGAAUUUUCUGUUUUGAUUCUCUGAAUUCAACUUUAAUUUCAAGUUUAUAUCAGGUGUAGAUAUUCACUUUUACUUUGUUUGGUCUCUACAGUUCAGAGAUUUAACUGUCAAUUUGUGGGUCAGGGGUUUGAACUCCUCCUGAUUCAGUUUUCCUUUUGUUAUUCAUACUUUACAACACUUUUGAAGAGGUUUUUUUCUGGAUAUGACCUAAUUAAAUACUCCCUUUCAGUAGAUGAUGAGUAAACUUUGUGACAUGUUCACAUAUUUAUCUUCCAGAGCAAUGGCUUGAAAUUCAUUUGUAUAGAUAUUCCCAUGAUCUUCGGGGCAAGUUAUGGCAAAAUGUUGAAAGUACUUGACUUUUAAACCAUCGAGCAUGGGUCGGAACCCUAGGGGAUAUAUAUACAAGUUUGGCAAUCAGAUAGUAGUGUAGUAUAGAACACACAAGAAACGAAAAAAAUAACAGUAACACUUGUAUGAAUAAUAACGACAACACAAGUAGAAAGGAGUUCACAACCUCCAUUGUGUUGCCCUACAAGGAAGGCAUAUCAGAA